GGCGCGCCGCGCGAGGACGGCCCGGCGGGCCCCGCGCCCGCGCCCCCGCUCCUCCCGGGCCCCUCGGCCUCGGCCACCGCGGCGAUUCGCGCCUCGCGGCGCCGGCACCUGCCCGCGCGCCCCCCGCGUGCCCCGGGCCCGCGAGCGUUGGCGUUGGCGUUGGCGGCGCGCGCAGGGGCAUGCCCCGCGCCUAGGGCCCGGGGGGCGCGCGGGGGGCGCGCGGGGGGCCCAGGCGGCGGGCGCGGCGCGGGGCGCGUGGAUGUGGCGCCGGGCCCGGGCGGCGGCGGGCUCCAGCGGCGGGACCCCUUCGCCCCGCCCGCCUUCCCCUUCGCGCCCCCGGGCGAGGCCGCGGCCGUGAUCGUCCGGGAGCCGGCGGCGGGGGGCGGCCGGGGCCGGGGCCGGGGCCGCCGCCGGGGCGCGCGGGGCGGCGGCGGGGGCCGCGGGGGCCCUGGCGCACGGGAUCGGGAGCGGCCCGUGGAGUCGGAGCGCACCAUGGAGGCGGCGGCGGGCGGUCGCGGCGGCUUCCAGCCGCACCCGGGGCUGCAGAAGACGCUGGAGCAGUUCCACCUGAGCUCCAUGAGCUCGCUGGGCGGCCCGGCCGCCUUCUCGGCGCGCUGGGCGCAGGAGGCCUACAAGAAGGAGGGCGCCAAGGAAGCGGGCGCGGCCGCGGUGCCGGCGCCGGUCCCUGCGGCCGCCGAGCCGCCGCCCGUGCUGCACCUGCCCGCCAUCCAGCCGCCGCCGCCCGUGCUGCCCGGGCCCUUCUUCAUGCCGUCCGACCGCUCCACCGAGCGCUGCGAGACCGUCCUGGAGGGCGAGACCAUCUCGUGCUUCGUGGUGGGCGGCGAGAAGCGCCUGUGCCUGCCGCAGAUCCUCAACUCGGUGCUGCGCGACUUCUCGCUGCAGCAGAUCAACUCGGUGUGCGACGAGCUGCACAUCUACUGCUCGCGCUGCACGGCCGACCAGCUGGAGAUCCUCAAAGUCAUGGGCAUCCUGCCCUUCUCGGCGCCCUCGUGCGGGCUCAUCACCAAGACGGACGCGGAGCGCCUGUGCAACGCGCUGCUCUACGGAGGCGCCUACCCGCCGCCCUGCAAGAAGGAGCUGGCCGCCAGCCUGGCGCUGGGCCUGGAGCUGCGCGAGCGCAGCGUGCGCGUGUACCACGAGUGCUUCGGCAAGUGCAAGGGGCUGCUGGUGCCCGAGCUCUACAGCAGCCCGAGCGCCGCCUGCAUCCAGUGCCUCGACUGCCGCCUCAUGUACCCGCCGCACAAGUUCGUGGUGCACUCGCACAAGGCCCUGGAGAACCGGACCUGCCACUGGGGCUUCGACUCCGCCAACUGGCGGGCCUACAUCUUGCUGAGCCAGGACUACACGGGCAAGGAGGAGCAGGCCCGCCUGGGCCGCUGCCUGGACGACGUGAAGGAGAAGUUCGACUACGGCAACAAGUACAAGCGGCGGGUGCCCCUGGUCUCCUCUGAGCCCCCCGUCUCCAUCAGAAAAACAGACGAUGCUCCCUCCCAGCACCCCACGUCUUCUGAGAAGGACAAACAGUCCAGCUGGCUGCGGACCCUGGCCAGCUCCUCCAGCAAGAGCCUGGGCUGUGCUCACCCUCGCCAGCGCCUCUCCGCCUUCCGACCCUGGUCCCCUGCCGUCUCUGCCAGUGACAAGGAGCUCUCCCCCCACCUCCCAGCCCUGAUUCGAGACAGCUUUUACUCCUACAAGAGCUUCGAGACCGGUGUGGCCCCCAACGUGGCCCUGGCCCCACCGGCCCAGCAGAAGGUGGUGAGCAGCCCACCGUGUGCCACCAUCGUCUCCCGGGCCCCCGAGCCCCUCGCCACCUGCAUCCAGCCACGGAAGCGGAAGUUGGCAGUGGACACACCUGGGGCCACAGAGACGCAGGCGCCCACAGUUACCCCGGAGGACGACAAGGACUCAGAGGCAGAGGUGGAGGUGGAGAGCAGAGAGGAAUUCACCUCCUCCCUGUCCUCGCUCUCCUCUCCGUCCUUUACCUCGUCCAGCUCAGCCAAGGACCUGAGCUCCCCAGGGGUGCAUGCCCCCCUUGCCCCCCCCACAGCCCCGGACACCUCGGUCCCCACCGACACCCCGAGUGGGGGGCUGGAGGCGGAGCUGGAGCACCUGCGUCAAGCCCUGGAGGGCGGCCUGGACACCAAGGAGGCCAAAGAGAAGUUCCUGCACGAGGUGGUGAAGAUGCGCGUGAAGCAGGAGGAGAAGCUGAGCGCCGCCCUGCAGGCCAAGCGCAGCCUCCACCAGGUGACAGCGGGCAGGGCUUUGCGGGCUCCUCAGCCUUGUGCCCCAGAAGGAGGGGCCGCCAGCCCCCAGCAGCAGGAGCUGGAGUUCCUGCGCGUGGCCAAGAAGGAGAAGCUGCGGGAGGCCACGGAGGCGAAGCGCAACCUGCGGAAGGAGAUCGAGCGCCUCCGCGCCGAGAACGAGAAGAAGAUGAAGGAGGCCAACGAGGCGCGGCUGCGCCUGAAGCGGGAGCUGGAGCAGGCGCGGCAGGUCCGGGUGUGCGACAAGGGCUGCGAGGCCGGCCGCCUGCGCGCCAAGUACUCCGCCCAGAUCGAGGACCUGCAGGUGAAGCUGCAGCACGCAGAGGCCGACCGCGAGCAGCUGCGCGCAGACCUGCUGCGGGAGCGCGAGGCCCGCGAGCACCUGGAGAAGGUGGUGAAGGAGCUGCAGGAGCAGCUGUGGCCGCGGCCCCGCCCCGAGGCCGCGGGCAGCGAGAGCGCCACGGAGCUGGAUCCCUAGUGGACCCCCUGCGUCCUGUCCCGGUUUGGACCCUGUGGGGAAGGGCCGGCAGUCGCCGCGCCGCGGGGCUCUGCGUGGGUGGGCCCGCCCGCCCUCCUCCCGGCCCAGAUAGCACAACGUCUUACUGUGCCUCCACCAAGCGAGUGUUUGGAACCACAUUCUUUUGGAAUCCACAGCAAAUUUUCUACUGGCCAAGUUCAGGCGCAAGCGGGCCCCACCGCAGCCGGCCGGCCACUGGGCCACGGGCCUCCGCUUGCCUGGGACAUCCUAACAUUACACUUUUGUUAUAAGCUAUUUAAAACCAAUAAGGAGACUUGGUAUUCAGAAAAAAAAUCAACACGUUUUUUAAUGACUAACUUUUAAAAGCCCCACCACCACGUGACGCCAUCGGGACCCCAAGGGAGCCGGGGCGGCGCCCGGCAAAGCCAUCACAGCUCCUCGGCCCGCGGCUGCAUGAGGACAGGGAGGGUUUUUCUCCAGAGUCUAUUUUUUCAGCGACAAGGACCCAGGUCUCCUGUGCUGCCGCGGGGAGGGGAGCGCCCGCGCCGGAGCUGACACUGCCGCCUUAGCCGGCCCGCCCUCGCCACCUGCCGAGGGGACAGGACUGUCCGGCCGCCCGGCCGCAGCGACCUGCUCCGCUGGGCAGAUGGCGCUCCGCCAGCCGAGGCCGCAGCAGCAGAACAAAACAGCAUUACUUCACUCUCCUUUUUCUCUCGUUCGUUUGUUCAUUUAAACGUACACUUAGAACUGCACUUUGUCGGAAACCUUCCCCUGUUUCUCCCCCAGUUGACUGAGGUUCUCACCUUUCAGACGUUGAACCCGCUCUGGCGCGGGCCCGCCUGCCCGCUCGGGCGUCGAGAAGCCCCUCUGGUGCUCGGUUGAACAAGGGAAUCACACGGAAACGAAAUGCAAAAACUGAACUUCGGGGGUAGUUCUGUGCCUUCCAGCAUCUUGUACAGCGAAUCCUGACUCGUCUUUACCCCCAGAUAUCCGUCUUCAGUAGCGAUUGAACCUGCCACUAUAAGAAUAAGUUCCUUGCAUUUAUUCCAGAUAAUCUCGUUUACUCUCCGCUGUUGUUUAUGCAAAUCGUGUAAGGUUUUCCACGCCCAAGCUUGAAAGUGAUUUCCCGGGAGACGGGCGCUGCCCACCGGAGAUGACGGUAUUUGCGGACGAGGAAGAUCUUACCGGAGUCUUCGCAGUCUCCGUCCUGACGCCACCGCAGCUGCGCCGUCGGGCGGGGACGUGGGUGCGACAUCCCCUGCGGGUCGCCCUGGGUUUACUGGGGGCCUGGGUGCCGCUGGGCCCCCUUCUGAAGUGCAAUGCAAAAGGGACACCGUGAUCGCAGCGAGCGUUUGGGUUUUUUUCUUUUCGCUUUGUUGUUCUUUUGCAGUUAUUAAACCUGUAUGCAUGGAAUUCAACCUC